UGCCGACCCUAGCCGUAACGCGGUCGCCUCUCGCACCUUCUCCCGUUCCCGUGAGGCGGAAUCAGUGCGGAGCCGGCCGGAGGCCGUCUGGGCUCGAGUCAGCACACUGGCGGUGCCUUAUAGCAAGAGCGUGAUGAAAUGUCUUAAUAAGCUUGGGAGCGUGAAAGGUUCUUAGCGUUAAAGGUUGUCUCCCCUCUCCCUUUCCCCCCUUUUAGGCCUGGGCGGUAGCUGCGUUCUUCCCUGCAGCUACCCGGAGGCUUCUGACCUGAUUAGAAAUGUAUGAUGAUAGUCGAGCUUGAUAGCUGGUACCUUGAGAACUUGCUUCAGAAGUAAUUUUGCAGAAUUUUAGAACAGAAAAGUUCUAAAGAGUCUAUUUCCCUUCCCACUGCACUUUGCAGGCAAUAUUCUUCUUGUGCUUUGUGUUACGAACACUCUUAAGUGUAGUGGGAUGAUUGUAUGCACACAAUAAAGAAGCUAAAGUGUUGCUCUAAUACAGGCACUUGAGAGAAAUCCAGCAAAAAAGAAAUGAUUUUUGUGUUGUUUUUCAAUAAAGCUCUUAACUAGUCAGGAUUAGUUCAUAAAUGUGCAAAAAGAGAAACUGAAAGCAUGAAUCUCUGCGCUGAUUUUGGUAAAGUGCUCGCUUAGUCUUGGAGAAGGGUAGUGCUGUGUAGUUGCAAAAUGGCUCGCUAAAGUCUUGUUGUAGUUGAGCCAAUGAAGCAGUUUUCAAUCUAAAACCAGUAAAAGAAUCUUUGUAGUGGAUGGGUAUAGUCAAACAUACACAUUGCACUCAAGUGGGUUGAAUUUUUUGCUAGCUUUUGAAAGUAGUUUCCUAAUGGAGUUACAAGGUUUUCCUGUAUUUUACAGAAGCACUUCAUGCCCUUAACCUUAAAAGCUAUUUGAUUUUAUACUCUCGUAGAAGACAAUACAAGUAGUUGUGUUUUCCCUCGUUCACCUUUUUCUUGCGUUGAGCAUCGUUUGUUUUUGUAUAUCUUGCUUUUUAAAACAUUCUACUAACGUUCUGUAUAUUUUAAUUGCUGGCACAGGAAACUGUAUUGUUCUGGUUUAUUGGUUUUCUGUAAUGGAGAAGUUAGAAUUCUUACUUUGUUGUCUAUACUUACUUAGUGUAUGAAAAACUACAAUAAUUAUUGCUUGCUUUGUUCUUUACCUCCUCUAAGUACAGAGGUGCAUCAUUUUCUGUUUUACUUCUGUGUCUGUUAACACCAGAGUGCCUGAAAUAUAGCCCGGAUAAUAGAUCCCACUUGUCAAAAUCAUUUGUCUUAUGAGUGACUCGCUCCAUUCUGUCCUCUUCUCUGGAGAUUGAAAUUGGACCGCAGUAUGGAUGAGUUAUUUUGACAGCCUGCCACCUGCUGCUCAGUUCUGAUGAUUGUGCAUUCAUUACCAGCCCAAUGUAGAUCAUUUAAACAUAAAUGCCGAGAUAUCUGGAGCGUGGAAGCUGUUUCUUUGUUAUGUUAUUGACCUGACGUGUGCUAAACAGUCAAGAAAAAUAGUGUUUUGCUCAUACCUUUCAAGAGUGAAUGUUGCCGUCUUGAAACCUUUUGUGAACAACGUGUAUAAUACCAUCUAAAUAUAUAAAUUUGGGAGCUUUUUCUUACGUUUGCCAGAAGUUCGUGACCCACUAAGUGGAAAGCUUGUUUAUAACGUUACAAGGUUGGUGAAGGGACUUGUCCUCCUUCAACCUGCAUCCCAAUUCCUACUACCUAUCCGAGGUACAUUAGCUUUUACCAGACAUGUAGGGAGGCACUGUAUGAGUACCCUUGAAGAACUGUGCUGCAGUGAGUUACGCGCUAAACCUGUCUCAUUCUUUUAAAAGCUAUUAUAAAUGUUCAGACCUUCUUUUUUCUUUUAAUUUUGGUUAGACUAUACUGAUGUUAGAUCUAAAGAAGCUUAAAUCAGCAAGUUAGAAUCAGAUUGUUGCAGUAAAGAUUUGAGUAUAUUAGAAUUAUGUUAUGGCUUACUUCUAUGUUUUUCUUUUUAGUCCUUCUGGAAAACUUGUUCAAAUAGAAUACGCUUUGGCUGCAGUUGCUGCAGGAGCUCCAUCAGUUGGAAUUAAAGCUGCGAAUGGAGUGGUGUUGGCAACUGAGAAGAAGCAGAAAUCCAUUCUUUACGAUGAAAGGAGUGUCCACAAAGUAGAACCAAUUACCAAGCAUAUAGGUUUAGUGUAUAGUGGUAUGGGUCCAGACUACAGGGUACUUGUGCACAGAGCUCGGAAGCUAGCCCAGCAAUAUUAUUUGGUUUAUCAUGAGCCCAUUCCAACAGCUCAGCUAGUACAGAGAAUUGCUUCUGUGAUGCAGGAAUAUACGCAAUCUGGUGGUGUUCGUCCGUUUGGUGUAUCACUGCUAAUAUGUGGCUGGAAUGAAGGGCGGCCCUAUUUAUUUCAGUCGGAUCCAUCUGGAGCUUACUUUGCAUGGAAAGCAACAGCAAUGGGAAAAAACUAUGUCAAUGGAAAGACAUUCCUUGAAAAAAGAUACAAUGAAGAUUUGGAACUAGAAGAUGCCAUUCACACAGCUAUUUUAACACUAAAGGAAAGCUUUGAAGGGCAAAUGACAGAAGACAACAUUGAAGUUGGCAUCUGUAAUGAAGCUGGUUUUAGACGGCUCACUCCAACUGAGGUUAAGGACUACUUGGCUGCAAUAGCCUAGUAGCAAUCAAGCAAGACUGUGUGAAUUCACACAGGUCUUUUUAAUUUUGGCUACUUAAAUGUUUUUGUUUGCAGUUUUUGCAUACUUAUUUCUACCUGGUUUGUCUGACAGAUUUUUUUAAAUAUCAUGGGUGCAAACGCGAAAGUCCUAAUAUUGUAAUACAUGGAAUCUUAUUACAAGUAAUUCUUUCCCUUGACACAUGGAAUAUUUGUACACAAAAUACUGUACAAAAUGUAGGGUUAUAAUGAAAGCUUAUAAAGGCUAAAGAAUAAAAUUUGAAGGACACUGUUUUGGGGGAAGAUGUCUGUGUGUCUUUUUAAUCAUAGCUUGUUUUUCUACACAAAGUAGAGAUUUCAGUAUCUUUAUUGUUGAGGAAACAGAAUUGUCCUCAUCCGGAUCAGCCAUAAUGAACUGAUACUGGACGUUCUGUUAAAGAAUUUUUAAGUUAUAAAUGGACAAAAUAACUUUUUUCUCUUGCAAUUUUGUUUAAAUGUUAUUUAAGUAUCUUCCAAAAGUGGGUUACUCUGGUGUAAAAGAUUAGGUACUCUCACAAAGAGGCAAAACGGUCAUCCAUACGGGAUAUAACCUGUGAUUCACUUCAGCAGCUCUGCUCUUGAGGCUCUAGCGCUGGGGUCUCAGACUUUGUGUCUGCAAGAUACUUGUGUUUUCUGUGGGGUGAUUUUUCAUUGCCCUGGGAUUUUUGUUUGUUUGUUUGUUUUUCCCCAGCCCGGAAAUACUGUUAGAAGUAAUGGAGGCAAUGUAAAUUCCUACUGGCUGAAAACCACCUGCAUUUAUCUGCAUUGCUAAAAGUCAACAGGAUGUACAAAGCAAAAUGAGUAUAUUUAAUGCAAUCGUUUUAUCCCUUGAAUUGUGGUAAAGCAUUUUCCAAACUUGCAAGAUAACUUGAAAGGUGCAGUAAUGUAAAGAGCACUCAGUGUACACAUCACAGUUUCUACAGGUGCAGAACUAGAUCCUUGAAUAUUAUUGUGUGUGUGUGUGUGUAUGUAUGUAUAGGUAUAUAUUUUUUGUGUGUUUAAUGUCUUUAAUGUCAUAUAGAAACAUCAAACUUAACUGCAAAAGAAACUGAAGAACCAGGAUAAAUAUAUAAACUUUUUGUUAGCAGAAAUAAUCUGGUCUGAAGCUAUUUAAGUUGUUGUUUGCAGAUUUUUGAUACAUUUUAAAAGCAGUCUGAUUGUUUAAAUGUUGAUAAUGAAAUGGAAACUGAGAGCAAUAGCCAGAUCACUUUGCUUCUAUGUAAGGAUGAACAGGUAUGGUAGCAGCUUGGCAGAUUACAUGAUAGCCAGAAAAUACAGAGUAUGAGUUAGUCUGCAGAAAAUGACGUAUAAGCUUGAUUGAUCUGUUUCUUCCUAAGUCUGUCUGCUGAUGUUGUUUUAUGUUAUUAGGCAAAUAAGAAUUUCUGAAGCAUGACCUGAAUGGAGUUUUAUUUCCUAAUGCCAGAAAUAAAAAGCUAUGUCCAGAUGA